AUGCAGCUAACAAAGCUAACUUCAAUGCGAGAUGGACAUAGGAAACUUGUCGAAAACAUACUUUUGAAGUUUGAGGAGGAAUCAUCUAAUUUCAAGCGCAUCAAGUUGCUGGAAAUUCUAGCGGAGAAGGCGGAAACCAUCAAAGACUUAUGUGAGAAAAUCGUAAGUCAUGCAGACAUUGCUGACUUGGAGACGGAGCUUGUUGAGAGUGAGGAAUACUCUAUCGACCUUGAAUUGAAACUGCUGACACACCGUAGACAAACACAACAUGCAUCCGAGAACACAGACUUAUCCAAGAGUGACGAAAACAAGAAUCGCAAUGCAGAGGCGAUACGGAUAAACGAACAGUCAGCGCCAUCAGAAGUGAUGCCACAGCUUUAUCACAAAUUGCCAUACCUUUCGCUGCCGAAUUUUAAUGGUGACAUAACCGAAUGGCAAACUUUCUGGGAUUGCUACGAGUCAUCAGUGCAUUCGAACCACACCCUGUCUGAUGUUCAAAAAUUCAGCUAUCUGCGAUCAUUGUUACAUGGAAGCGCUGCCUCAAGUAUUGCUGGUUUCCCAUUAACGAAUGCAAAUUACGCAAAGGCCGUUGAGCUACUAAAAGAACGUUUUGGCCAGACGCAUAAGAUCAUCAGCACGUAUAUGCAGUCCUUGCUUGAACUGCCACGGCCGGAGAAUACUCCGCACAGCAUACAGACUUCGUGA